UUUGAUUCUCGAUCUUGGAGGCACUCUCUCUCUCUCUCUCUCUCCUCUUUUUCUCUCUAGGGUUUACUUCCACCGGCUCGAUCUCUCCUCUCGAACAUCACAAAAAGUGCCUACGUAAUUUAAAAUUUUCUUGCCUCUGAAUCUGUUCCUUAUUUGGGAGUUGUGAAUUUGGAGCUUGAAUAUUGACGUCUGUGCUAUGCAAGAGAUACGGAUGACAUACAAAUGAUAUAAAUUUAGUUUUCUCUUAAACAAACUUGGCAGAAUAAUGCUGUCAGAUAGAUAGUUUUUCCAAAGCUUGUGGGACUUGAUGUGUGAUUUGAUUGGAUCCAGCAAGAUGACCGAAUACUUCCAGACUUCAUCCUCAUUAUGUGCUCGUGCUUCAAUAAUAUAAGUUUAGUGGGGGAACUUUUGUGCAGACUCCUGGGAAAAUUGAGUUGGAUGUUUAUUUUGGUGAAUAGGUGGUUGUUGUUAUAUACCUGUGCAUGUAGAAUUCAGAAAAGCAAAUAUUGAAAAAUGGAUGAAUACAGAGAACAGGAGAUUCUACUUCCCAGUUGGAUCAUCAAAAAUCCAUCUGAAAUGGCAGAAUCUCGUCUCUUUAUUAUCUCUUGCUUUAUUGCUGGACUAAUUGGAAUAUUGACUAUAGCCUACACCUCCUUCCAGUGGAGAAGAAACAUCAAUCUGAGUUGGACGAAAGCCAUAGCCAGGUCCAAAAAAAAUCCAAAAGCAAGAAAUAAUAUCCCUGUUGCUCCUCAUACUUGGAGUUUGGAAUCUGUGUCCCGUGGGAAAAGUUUAAACUGCUGUGUGUGCUUAAAAUCAAUGUCUCCUUCUCAAGCUCUUGGGCCUAUGGUGGCUGCAGACAGUUUUAUUCACUGUUGUAGCAUAUGUGGUGUAGCAGCCCACCUGAGUUGCUCCUCGAAUGCUCACAAGGAUUGCAAGUGUGUAUCUAUGAUUGGGUAUGAGCAUGUGAUGCACCAAUGGGCCAUCUGGUGGACAGAGGUCACUGAUCAACCUGAUGAAACUUCUUUUUGCAGCCAUUGUGAGGAGCCAUGCAGCGGAUCUUUCCUUGGUGGAUCCCCUAUUUGGUGUUGCUUGUGGUGUCAGCGCGUGGUUCAUGUUGACUGCCAUGGUGGUAUGUCUAAUGAAACUGGUGACAUAUGUGAUUUGGGCCCAUUUAGAAGGCUGAUACUAUCACCGCUUUAUGUCCGGGAAUUGAAUUUGGCUUCUUCUGGUGGAUUUUUGAGUUCCAUUACUCAUGGAGCCAAUGAGAUUGCAUCUUCUGUACGUGCUAGUAUUAGGAGUCAAAGCAAGAAGUACAAGCAGGGAAAUGAAGCCUCUGCAGACACAGGUGAUAGCGGCAGUAUUGGCGACACGUCCACAGAUAGCACAGCUGGUACUAACCAUACAGUUAAUGGCUAUCACAGAAUGGAGGAAAGCGGUAAUGGUAGUGUAAAUGUGGGGGGUCCAGAUCUGCACCAAGACAGUGAUGCAGUUAAGAAAUUAGAUUCAAAACCAAGUUUUAAAAGAAGUUCAUCAAUCAAUCAUAAGGACGAGCAUCAGAUGGUUGGCGUGAAACAGAGAUAUGAGUUGAUUGACUUGCCUCCAGAUGCAAGGCCUCUCUUAGUUUAUAUUAACCACAAGAGUGGGGCUCAACGAGGAGAUUCACUCAGGCAGCGGUUAAAUCUUCUGUUAAAUCCUGUUCAGGUUUUUGAGUUGAGCUCGACGCAGGGACCAGAGGUUGGUCUCUAUUUGUUUAGAAAGGUUCCGCACUUCAGAGUUCUUGUUUGCGGUGGAGAUGGUACUGUUGGAUGGGUGUUGAAUGCAAUAGACAAGCAAAAUUUUGUCUCGCCGCCUCCAGUAGCUAUUCUUCCUGCAGGGACUGGAAAUGACUUGGCUCGAGUUUUGUCUUGGGGAGGUGGUUUGGGCUCAGUGGAGAGACAAGGCGGCCUUUUCACACUGCUGGAGCACAUAGAACAUGCUGCAGUAACAAUUCUUGAUAGAUGGAAAGUAGCAAUUUUGAACCAACAGGGAAAGAAACUUCAACCCCCGAAAUUUAUGAAUAACUAUCUUGGGGUUGGAUGCGAUGCAAAGGUUGCUUUGGAAAUCCAUAAUUUGAGGGAGGAGAAUCCGGAGAAGUUCUAUAACCAGUUUAUGAAUAAAGUUCUUUACGCAAGAGAAGGUGCUAAGACUAUCAUGGAUAGGACAUUUGCAGACUUCCCUUGGCAAGUUCGAGUGGAGGUGGAUGGUGUUGAGAUAGAGGUUCCUGAGGACGCAGAAGGGGUUCUUGUUGCAAAUAUUGGAAGCUAUAUGGGCGGUGUUGACUUGUGGCAAAAUGAGGAUGAAACAUAUGAGAAUUUUGAUCCUCAAUCUAUGCAUGAUAAGAUACUGGAGGUUGUGAGCAUAUCGGGGACAUGGCAUCUUGGAAAGCUUCAGGUGGGUCUUUCUCGGGCUCGAAGGCUUGCACAAGGGCAGUUAAUUAAGAUACAGCUUUUAGCUGCCUUGCCUGUUCAAAUAGAUGGGGAGCCUUGGUUUCAGCAACCAUGUACAUUGGCCAUUUCACAUCAUGGGCAGGUCUCUGUCUCUCUCUCCCUCCCUCCUUCCCUCCCUCUAGAUAUGAUACAUGCAUAUGCGACAGUGUUGCCCCUAUUCAUUGUCUGAGAUUCAUAACCAUGUAGGGGUGGUGAGCAAGCAUAUUUUUAAGUUUUUCGAAAUUCACUUGAAACUACUAACUAGGUAGUAUUUUGCAAUUUGAGGUGGAAUCAUAUCACUAUCAGUGAAUUUCUAGGGAACCAAAUUGUGGUUUUCAUGUCGGGCUCCGAACGCUAAGUUUCUUCGUUUUCAGAUAACUACUUAAGCAACUCCUGAAUGUGCACCAUCCAAUUUUUUCGUAUUGGUUCGACAGGCCUUCAUGCUGAAGAGGGCAACAGAGGAACCUCUUGGUCAUGCAGCUUCCAUAAUAACUGAUGUGCUGGAAAAUGCUGAAACCAAUCAUGUGAUUAACGCGUCACAAAAGCGUGCUCUUCUUCAAGAAAUGGCGCUGAAGCUAUCUUGACGGAUUUCCCUAUGCACACCAAUACUUGUCAGCAGUCGAGCAUUUCAGCUGCUGCUGUUCUUUGUGAAAAGUGUUUAUAUCUGCACUACCAUCUUUGCAUUACAUUAAUAUGGGUUGAAAUUAAAAUCAAUGCUGCUUGCUGAAGCAUGUUUGUAUAGUAACCUUAAUAUUAAUAUUAAUAUAAAGAGGGAAUUUUGUG